AUGUAUUCCCUCUUUAAAGGAGAUUAUGGCACGUAUAAGGUUACCUGUGUCGCGAUUGGUUCCCGUGAUAAGUCGCUAUCCGUAUGGGUCCUUCCAAGAGUAAAGCGACCUGUGGUGGUCUUACAAAGACUCUUCAAACAUUCUGUCACUGAUCUAUCAUGGCGUGGCACUGAUCUGGUGGUAUCAUCUCAAGAUGGUUCUAUAAAGUAUCUGUCGUUUCGAGAGAAAGAACUAGGUGUAAUGCUUACGGCUCAGAAGAUGGGAAAUGUGUGUGAGUCGCUUUACAAAAUACGGCCUGUGCAGUACUGCAGUUAUUCAAAUGGAGGAAUGGUAGAUACACCUACUAAAUCGAAUUCAUUUAUUGAUUCACCAGAAGAACUUAUGGCGAAAAGGAAGGCAGAAGCGGCUAUAUCCAAAGAGCAAAAAAGUCUUGAACCGAUGCAAACUGUGGGACCUGCGAAAGGUAAUAUCCUCGCGGAGCAAAGACAACAGCAACUUGAAGUUCGAACCUCUGAUGGGAAGCGCCGAAUUCAACCGAUAUUUCUGGGUUCAACAGUUGAUGCUGAACCAUCGUCGGCAGUGCAGCCAAAAUCGCAGCGUUCUGCAUACUCUAGUCAUACUGAUGAUCCAGUGACCUCUGACACCGAUGACACUACUACACGGGAUAAAAGUUCGCCACCAUUGAGGAAGUCAUUUAGUCAACUGGCGUCAACUGAUGACUCAAUGCUCGAGAGUACUGAUGAUGAUGUGGAUUCGGAUGUAGAUGGCGUUGCAAGGCCAGAAAAGGAAACAGUUCAGCUGGAAGAACUGGGAAAGAGGUCGAAAAUGAUGAUGAUUGACUUCAAGAAGCCUGUACUACGACCUGUAGAAUCGUCACGUAUCGAAGUAGUGCAUGCAAGUACGAUUCUGGAUGUGCCUGAACAGCGCGCUACAAUUUGCGAGGGUGUGCAAGCGGUACUGGGCGACACCGUAGAAGUAGACAACGAUUGGAUUAUGGGUGGUGUUCGAGCUAGUCGCAUUUCUUACCUACAUGCUCGUAUCACAGUUUGGAGCGUCGAAGUAGCGCCAACUGUUGCAGUUGUUGUAGCCAAUAGGUUCUGGACUGUUAUUGGAUGCUAUGACCGAAGUGUUUUUGUGUAUGCUAGUUCAAAUGGUCGAUUGCACUUUCGUAAUCAAUUGGACUCAGCACCGGUCCGGCUGGGAGUCAAUGGGCAUAGGAUGUAUGUCCUCACGCAAACUGGUCAUCUAAGCACGUGGGAUAUUGACCAAAACAGAGCGAUACUGUCUCGUCAGUCAAUUGCGGAUUGUGUUGUGAAAGAUGCGAAUCUCACAUCAAUAUCACUGACACCAACGGGUGUACCUCUUCUAGGGUUUUCGACUGGAAAUAUUUUUACAUUCUCAUUAGAUAUGAACUGCUGGCAGAUAGUGGACUCAUUACCACCGUUGAUGAAGUUGUGCGAUUCUAUAGAGGCCGAUGAACUGUCAGAUGGACCCAUUGGAAGGCUUCUGAAGCGUCGUAAACGUCCUGGUCUUUUGCCAUCAAUUCCUCGUUGGGUAAGCGCAUCUGUGAAAGAAUCACUCAUUGAAGGUUGGCUUCAAGCAGCAAAAACCAUAGGAUCUCUGUCCAAAAUAUCACAUAUAUUAACGGAUCUUAAUGGAAAAGGCACUGUUUGUGGAGUUCAGCGGAAAGCCCUACGCGAAGACGUGGAACGAAUUAUUAUGUCUGAUCCUACGACGGCAUCAUUAAUACGAUCGGAAGCUUCUGAUGGCUUAGUAUUUUAA